AUACACCCAGAUUAUAGGUGUCGUUUGGUGCGGUGUUCGCUACAUGGGUUUGUCGACGUUAGUGCACAAAAAGCUUUAGGAAAAUCAGCACGUGCUGUAGUAAACCCGUCGUCUGUUAAUUAGCGUGUUAUUGGUGAAUGUUAGCAUGAAUGGUAAGGUUGGGAAUGGAGCGGCGGGCGGUGUGCUGGCCUGUAUUGAGGGUCUGCCGCCGUUGCCCAAGAGUCUGAGCGGACUGCUCAACUCCAGCGGCGGCUCGUGGAGAGAGAUGGAGAGGAUGUACUUGAAGAAGACCAUGAUCCAGGACGACCUGAGCCGAGGACGGAACAACGCGGACAAUUUGCUGGCGAAUAAACCGGCGAACCUGGAUGCCGCCCUGGCUCUGUUGAGAAAAGAGAUGGUGGGUUUGCGGCAGCAGGACAUGUCUCUGCUCUGUCAGCUGUGGUCCCUUCACGAGUCCAUCCAGGAGUACAAGGGUAGCUGCCAGGACCUGUCUGCCGUGUCCAGUGCCGACGGGCCGUAUGGGAUGGAGAACGGUUAUUUUGAUGAAGAUGAGGAAUAUUAUACUGAAUCCGCCAUGACACCAGCAGAAACUCCGGACGGAAAUGACACGUCACCUAAAAACGGGACAUCCAAGGACAGCUGGAUACAUGAUUCUUUUCAUAUCACGAUAUAAACGAUGAACUUGAGUUUUUUUUUUUUUUUUAGAAAACAAGCUGUGCCAUGAUUUUAGUUUGCUGGCAUCGUUUAGUUUUACAGCAGACUUUCUACAGGAAAUUGAAACGAGGAUUAUUAUUUAUUGUAUAAUACAUGAUAGUAUUUUUUGCUGAUUUAAUCAACGUUGGAAAUUUUAUAAGAUCUUUUUUGUAAGGGGAGAAGCAUGGUUUCAUAAUUAUGUUUACGGUAAAAACUUAAGUUUGUGGGUUUGAAAACAUUGGGUUGAGUAGAAGCUUUGCCCUGCUAGAUUUGCUUUUUUUGUAUUUUGUAUUUCUCGCUGAGCCGUCGCUCGCUGGGUGCUUAAAUUCUGAUAAUGCUGGAUGUGAUACCUAUUUGCUGAAAUGUAAUCCAGGGUAUAACCAGCACAAAGAACUCAUGACAGCCUCACCAAAACAAGCCAUGGUGUCCCUGUGUAUUUAUUACAUGACAUACUCGUUCAUCAUAUACAUAUCUAUACGUGGGUAAAUCAAUAUCCAGCUGCGUUCAGCUCCAUAACAUUUCCAUAGCAUUUACAUUUCAUCCUAUGUCAAUCUACACCAGAUCAUAUAGAUGUUUUAUUUAUUUACUUAUUGCUGCUUGGAUUAAGUCUUCCAUUGCAUUCUCAUUGUAUGUGUUUCAUAUGUUAAAUGACUUGCAUAUAAAGUCACCUGUAUUGAUAAUGUGACAUAAUAAACUUUGUUUUGGCAUAAAUAUAGCCAUUAAACAAACUAAAAGAAUCAGUGUAUACAUAUCCUGAAUCAGUGCUUGAUCAAGAUUCAGUCUGAUAAUAUACACAUUAUAUAUAAUACACAGUGUGUGUGUGUGUGUGUGUGCGUGCGUGCGUGCGUUUGUCACUGCCUGGCAUAGAAAAUGUGUAACGUUACCAAUCAACAAAUGUCAAUUCUGUGUUUUUAAGAGCUGAUACAUAAUAAGAAAAUGCUGCAAAGUUUUCUAUUAUUAAGAAUGGAAUUAAGAGAAAAAAAGAGUUUGUUCUACCUCUUGUGUGUCUGAGCUCUAAAAAGUGAUGAUCGCUGUUUUCUUACAGCAGACACAAACAAGUUGCUUUUUCCUAGAACUCGCAUCUGAUUCAAUGUACUGAUUCAUUUUGGACUAAAUUCCUAAACAACAAUUGGAUAAAAAGCAGUCAGAUAGUUAUGCAACCAGCAGACCUUAAGGUGCUUUGACCAAAAGCAGCACUUGAUAAAGUAACUCAACACAUCGUGCCUUGAUACACCUUGCAUUUUAUUCCGGGUGCUACUGCCAUUUCUGGCCCUCUAUUAACUUAUUAUUCUAUAUACUGUAUAUAUCCAGAAUAUUCAUUCUCCUGUUUUUCAGUUCCCAUCAUUCCACAAAAACAAACAAAUUGAAAAGUCACCACCCUUCACCACCCAGCUGCCAUCCGGCCAUACCCAGAAAUCCCCUCUUGGUUUUCCUCAUUUGCAUUGCGAGUCAGUGAAAGUAUUUUUUGGCUCGUUUGAUCUCUGCGGUUGGUCGUGAAAUGCUGUUCUCGGUUGUUUUGCAUACAGCGAUGCUGAAUUAUUCCGUUGCAUGUUUGACUUUGAUGUUUUUGGUCAGUCCAUGUUCUCAGAAUCGUUUUCGGGUGUGAAAUAGUCUUAUUUGAACUGAUAAUUGUUGCAGAAAUGAUCACGUGUGUAUAUUAGAUCAUAUGUGGUAGCGUUACUAAAUGAAUAAAACAUGAUGAUGGAUGGUUUUUUUUUAUUUCAUAACUUCUCUGUCCCCUGUACAGACAAUUUCAAGCUGUUAAACGGUACGUAAGUGAAAAGCGAGAAAAACGUGUUCAAAUUCUUUUGAAUUUGAGUGUUUCAUUGAUGUUUUUGGUAUCUCAGCAAGAUAUGUUGAAAUGGAAUGCUAGCUUGCUCCUGCAGUGUUUUUUUUUUUUUGCUCAUUUGAUUCAGUGAAAG